AUGGUUCCCUAUGAGGCUCUUUAUGGGAGGUGUUGUCGGUCUCCAAUUGGUUGGUUUGAAUUAACCGAAAUAGAAUUGUUGGGUCUGAAUUCAGUUCAUGAAGCAAUUGAGAAGGUUAAUCUUAUUGUGCAACGACUCAAGACAGCCCAGAGUAGACAGAAAUCCUAUACGGAUAUGAGGCGGCGUGAUCUAGAAUCUUUUGUUGGUGACAAGGUGUUCUUGAAAGUGUCGCCGAUAAAGGGAGUAAUGCGGUUUAGUAAGAAUGGAAAACUUAGUCCCCAUUUCAUUGGCCUUUAUGAGAUUGUUAAGAAAAUUGGGACGGCGACUUAUGAAUUGAAGUUGCCAUCCGAUAUGGCCAUGGUGCAUCCGGUGUUUCACAUUUCAUUGUUGAGGUACAAACCUGAUCCUUCCCAUGUGUUGAACCCUGAAGAGAUUGAAAUUAAUAAAGGGUUAACCUAUGAAGAAAAAUUGGUUCUGAUUGUAAAUCAUCAAGUUAGACGAUUAAGGACGAAGGAUGUGGCAUCGGUCAAGGUGUUGUGGCGAAACCAUAAUACUAAGGAAGCUACUUGGGAAGCAGAGGAGGACAUCAAGAAGAGAUAUCCUCGCUUGUUCCCUAUGGUGGGUAUGAGCCAGCGUUCAAAAUUAUUUAUAGAUGAAUCGUUGUGUUUAUUCGAAACAACUUGUGGUUUAGUGAAUUCUUUCUAG